GUGUGUGUGUGUGUGCGUGUGUGUGUGUGUGUGUGUGUGUAACUCUCUCGGGUAGCAUAAAGACGACGUUCAGUGCGAAAAACUUGCAAUUCAUGGCAUGGAGGAGUCAGCGGGCAGCUGCAGUCCUCCACCCUUUGUCAGCGGCUCUUUCUCCCCCACCUCUCUUUUUAGUUCGGAUGGCAGAUUCGUGCUAAUUGGCCCGCGUGGAUCGCAGCAUCAAGAGAAAAAUAAAAAACCUUCCGCUCGCGCACUGCGCCGUUUCAGAUGCCUUCAACUUUGAGGGCGAGGGACAACCCCUGAGAGCCCCAGAUUUCAACAGGAGGAGCAGGCAGCCAGACAUCUCCGUCGGCUCUCACUUUAUGAGAAGGACACGUCUGUGGAAGGGCUGAACGGGGGAACCAUGGCAGCUACUUUAUCGGCGGAGGAGGAACAGGCCACCAGGCAGUUUCUAGAGGAAAUCAACAAGUGGACCAGUCAGCAUGGAGUGUCUCCGUUGUCCAGGGAACUGGCCGUCAAGUUUCUCAUGGCUCGCAAGUUUGACGUCCUCCGCGCCAUUGAGCUCUUCCACAAUUACAGGGAAACGCGUCUUAAAGAAGGGAUCGUCAGACUGCAGCCUCAGGAAGAGCCGCUGCGCUCCGAGCUGCUCAGUGGAAAAUUCACAGUGUUGAGCGUCCGGGACCCGACAGGAGCCUCCAUCGCUUUGUACACAGCCAAGCUUCAUCAUCCCAACAAGACAGGCAACCAUGUUGUGCUCCAGGCUCUCUUCUACCUUUUGGACCGGGCCGUAGAAAGCUUUGAGACCCAGAGGAAUGGCUUGGUGUUCAUCUACGACAUGGCGGGCUCCAACUACACCAACUUCGAGCUGGAUCUGAGCAAGAAGAUCCUCAAUCUGCUCAAGGGGGCGUUCCCUGCCAGGCUGAAGAAGGUGUUGAUUGUGGGGGCCCCUGUGUGGUUUCGAGUCCCCUAUAAUCUGCUCAGCCUGCUGCUGAAGGAGAAACUGAGGGAGAGGGUUCAGAUGGUGAAAAUGGCCGAGCUGCCCCAGCACCUCCCCAGAGACUGCCUGCCCCAGCACCUGGGCGGCCUGCUCCCGCUGGACGCUUCGGGCUGGAACCAGGAGCUGCUGGCGGGUCAGAACGGCCGGGUGGACCCCGUGGACGAGUUGGUGGGAAUCCCCCUGGAAGACUCGUCCAUCCACGUGCCGGGGCCCGAGGCCAUGCGGCCGCAGGAGCUGCUGGCGCACCUGGGCCGGCUGCAGUGCUCGGGCGUCUACCAGGAGUAUGAGGAGCUGCGCAGGGAGGCGCCUCCCGGAACCUUCCACUGCUCACAGUUGGCCUACAAUCAGGAGAAGAAUCGCUAUGGCGAUGUGCUGUGCCUUGACCAAACGAGAGUUCGUCUAAAGCCCCGCAGAAACGAGAGAUCGGAUUACAUCAACGCAAGCUUUAUGGACGGCUACAAACAGAAGAACGCGUACAUUGGUACUCAAGGACCACUGGACAGGACCUACGGGGAUUUCUGGAGAAUGGUCUGGGAUCAAAACGUGCUUCUGAUUGUCAUGACAACAAGGACGGACGAGGGCAGUCGGAGGAAGUGUGGACAGUACUGGCCCCUGGAGGAAGGCGGGCAGGAGGUCUAUGGCCACAUAGCAGUGGUGAACCAGAGGGUGGACCACCACACCCACUACAACCACACCACUCUGGAGCUGCACAACACGGAGACAUGUGAGCAGAGACAUGUGAGUCACUUCCAGUACCUCAGCUGGCCGGACUACGGCGUGCCUACGUCAGCGGUGACUCUCAUCGACUUCCUGGGAGCUGUGAAGAGGCAACAAAGGAAAAUGGUGAAGGCUUUGGGCCCUCAGUGGACCGGCCACUCACUGGGACCGCCGAUGGUGGUCCACUGCAGUGCAGGGAUUGGGAGAACAGGUACCUUCUGCGCCCUGGACAUCUGUCUGUCCCAGCUCCAGGACGUGGGCUCCCUCAACGUGUUUCAGACAGUGCGUCGCAUGAGAACGCAGCGGGCCUUCAGCAUUCAGACGCCGGAGCAGUACUACUUCUGCUACAAUGCUAUAUUGGAACACGCCCAGAGACAGGGCCUGCUCCCGUCUAAUCAGUAAGGCCCCGAACGACGACAAGGACUUUUCUGCUGUCAGCCUGCUGACCCUGCAGCCAGGCUGGGCGACCGGCCGACCGGAGGAAGUAAAGUCAACUCCCGACUGAAGACGAGCUUUCGCCAUAAGCCGUUGGCAAACCAAGUAAACGCAUUAAAGAUUAAAAGCCUUGAUCGCUGAUGAUGUGUGAUGAAACUGUGGCUGUCGACAAUGUGAUGUUUUAAAAGGUUUGUUGAAAACAUACAGAAAAAUGCAGCAGAGUGAGCGGGCCGCUAAGUUUUGGAGGCAAUACAACGCCUUGGAAAGGUUUCUGUACUCUUCAAUCCUUUCUCGUUUUGUCACUUGUCCCAUCUUCAGUGUGUUUGGCAUUUCAGUUGAUAGACCAACACAAAGAAGUGAAAGGAAACUGGUACACGAUUUUCAACUUUGUUUAUGAAUCGACGUCUAAAAAAGAAGUCCGUUGCAUUUAGAGACGCAAGUCUGUAAGGCUACGCCCAGUGAUUUCCAAAAAAUGUCUGAGAUCUUCACAAAACAGCAUAAUUGAGUACACAGAUGGACUCAAUUCAUUACUGUGAUCUCUGAAGACAAUUUUAUUUACAGGUAUCAGAGCAAAGGGUUAAUCGAUGACUUUUAUUAGAGCCAGUCAACCAGAUUACAAUAAAUACAGAAUUCUUACUGAACAUACGCACCUAUUGACACACUUAAAAUAAUACUCACAAAACAGUGCAUCAAAAAGCAAUACAAUGCACUAGUUUGAGUUUUCUUUUUUCUUCAACAAAAGGAGAAAAAACAUUUAAUAAAACUAAGGGCAAAACCAAGUCAACACAAAAAAACCUCCAGAUAUAUACACCCAGGUUUUUUUGUUUUUUUUACUAAACAUAUUUAUAAAGAAAAAUUAAAAUUUAGAUUUAAUUUCCAUUUCACAAUUGCUACUUUUUAUUGGUCCGUUUUACAAAAUCCGAACAACAUCCGUUGUCAGAAAUAAUAAAAACUUCCAAGGGUAUUAAUUAUUUUUGCAAUACACUGUGAGGCCUCACUUCAUCUAAUUACUAAUUUUAAAAAAGUUCACUUUUCACUGUUAAGGACCUCGAAGGGUUAAUUCACCUCAGAAGUGUCUGCUGCUCCUUUAAACUGUUAAGCAUCAUGUUAUGACAUUACAAACCUGCUCGAGUCCUUGUCUCUUAGCGCAGCUUUACUAUCGAUUGUGUAGUUCAACAUCCCAUUAAAAUCCCUUUAGGCCACGGUAGUUUCGUAUUGCUGAAAUUUACUGCCAUUUUUGGGGUGAAAUAUUCCUUUAAACCAGUCUGAUUUUAACUGUUUGUUUUUUUGUCGCCCCUCAGUGUUUCAUUAAGGCAAACAUUGAGCACAGUGCGUCUUAAAUCCACGGUGAAUGCCACACGGAGUUGUGGAUGUUUCCGUGGAGGUCAGGCCACAAAUUCGCUGCCAACCGCCACGUUUACCAUAAAGUGCACACUGUCUUUCAAAGUGAACAGAGCGAAAGCACAUCCAUCGUUUGAAAACCUGACAACUCCCCAAACGGCUGCUACAUAUUUUGACUGAGUGCUCCUGAAGUUUCAAUCCACUCGGACCUCUUUUGAGUUUUCUUUUGUACAAUAUUAGAGUGGUUAAAAAAAACCCCCACAAGCUUCCACCUCGCCUAAUAUAUUAAGAGCUUUUGGCUGCCUUAACUGUGUUAGCGUCGUGCUGCACAGACAUUUGUUUUAAGGCGGUGCCUGUCACAAAAGGGUAAAUCGGUGUAAGACCUCACGAGUAGUGCAAUAUCUUUUUUAUGCAUAAAUCGUGUCUUAGCACUUUUUACAAAAUUUUAAAAAGUAAAUAAAUAAAAAAUAAAAAUCCCAAUGUGUCCUGGCGUUCCAGCGUGGCAUUGAGAGGACAACUUUAAUGUUAGAUGACUGUAUGAGUCUGCGUGUGAUGCUGGGAUUCGUUGAUUGUUGUAUAUUUAGUGAUGCUGUAGCUGUAAAACACGGAGAUAUUUACUGUUAUCAUCUGCAUAGAGCUUUAUUGGGACUAAUGAAACGGACCGGACAGCAACGACGACGACGUAAGUAAGCACAAACGUGUGCCGACCGCAGCCUACAAGUCCUCCUUGGACACUCGAGAAUCAAGAAUAGUCUAGUGCUUUCGUCGUGUCCCAGUGUAUUGCCGUUGUUAUUAUUAUUAUUACAGUACAUGUACAAAAGUUGUGUUUUUGUGUGUCGUUUGUCUUACGUUUUUUACUCCAGAGUUCAUAUUGAAUUUGCUGGUAGUGAAGCUUUUUUUUUUUUUUUAAGCCUGGAAUUUCCACCUACUCUGAUCUUUAGAAUUAGUUCUCUUUGCAAUGACGGACACGAGAUGUGCCGCUUUAUUUUUCUAUUAUAUUCAGCUACUGUUUUCAUACAAAUAUGCAAUUACCAUUAAUUUUAUAUUUGUUCUGUUAUAACAUUAUGUUUUCACUUUGUAUUGUAUUUCAUUGCUCAUUGAUUCAUGCUAUACUGUAAUAAACACAAACUAUGUCAGCA